AAAACAGUCAACGACAGCGGGGCGGGUGAGACCGGCCGGCCGCGGGGCUGCUCUGGCCGCCAGACGCGAGCUGCCGGACCACCGCGCGGGACGACUGCGGCCAUGAGCUCUCGGAAGCCGAGCGGGCCGAAAGGCAGGAGGCUGGGCAUCCACGUUGUGACUUGGAAUGUGGCCUCAGCAGCACCCCCUCUAGAUCUCAGUGACCUGCUUCAGCUGAACAACCAGAAUGCAAAUCUUGACAUAUAUAUCAUUGGUUUGCAGGAAUUGAACUCUGGAAUCAUAAGCCUCCUUUCCGAUGCUGCCUUUAAUGACUCAUGGAGCAGUUUCCUCAUGGAUACGCUUUCCCCUCUGAGCUUCAUCAAGGUCUCCCACGUGCGUAUACAAGGGAUCCUCUUACUGGUCUUUGCCAAGUAUCAGCAUUUGCCCUAUCUCCAGAUUCUCUCUACUAAAUCCACCCCCACCGGCCUGUUUGGGUACUGGGGGAACAAAGGAGGAGUCAACAUCUGCCUGAAGCUGUAUGGCUACUACAUCAGCAUCAUCAACUGCCACCUGCCUCCCCACAUUUCCAACAAUUACCAGCGGCUGGAGCACUUUGACCAGAUCCUGGAGAUGCAGAAUUUUGGGGGACAAGAUAUUCCCAACAUCCUGGAUCAUGACCUCAUUAUCUGGUUUGGAGACAUGAACUUUCGCAUCGAGGACUUUGGGUUGCACUUUGUCCGGGAAUCCAUUAAAAAUCGGUGCUACAGUGACCUGUGGGAGAAGGAUCAGCUCAGCAUUGCCAAGAAACAUGACCCGCUGCUCCGGGAGUUCCAGGAGGGCCGCCUGCUCUUCCCACCCACCUACAAGUUUGAUAGGAACUCCAGCAACUACGACACCAGUGAGAAGAAACGAAAGCCCGCAUGGACAGACCGCAUCCUGUGGAGGUUGAAGCGGCAGCCCCAGGCCGGCCCCCACACCACUGGACUGCCAGCCCCAGACUUCUCCCUGUCUCAGAGGAGCUAUGGCAGCUACAUGACGUACACCAUCAGUGACCAUAAGCCUGUUGCAGGCACUUUCGACUUGGAGCUGAAGCCGUUGCUGUCUGCUCCACUGAUCGUUCUGAUGCCAGAGGACCUGUGGACCCUGGAGAACAACCUGAUGGUCAGCUACUCCUCAACCUCAGACUUCCCCAGGAGCCCGUGGGACUGGAUCGGACUGUACAAGGUGGGGCUGCGUGACAUUCAUGACUACGUGUCCUACAUCUGGGUUGGGGACAACCAGGUCUCCUUCAGCAACAACCUGAACCAGGUUUACAUUGACAUCAGCAACAUCCCUGCAACAGAAGAAAAGUUUCUCGUCUGUUACUACAGCAACAACCUGCGUUCUGUAGCGGGGAUAAGCAGACCCUUCCAGCCCUUUUCCCAGAGAAGAUGCCUCUGGGAGCCUUCGAGUGCCUGUCCCGUGUCCCGAGGCUGAGGCCCACUGCACUUGCUCUGUGCUGCAAGAACCAUCCAGAACCGUCCCCUGGCUUCCCACAGGCCAGAACAUUGUGACUGUUACAUUGUGCAGGGGGAAUUAGAAGUGUGGCUUUAAAAAAAA